UUCUUAUGCAUAUUUGGAAAGCCACAGUGGUCAGGUGAAGUCCCUGGUGACUGGAAAAAGGGAAAAGGGGAAAACAUCACCCCCAUUUUUAAAAAGGGGGAGAAAGAAAGAUCCAGGGGACUACAGACCAGUGAACCUCACCUCUGUGCAUGUGAAGAUCCUCCCAGAAGAUAUGCCAAGGGACAUAAAAGACAAGGAGGUUUAAAAAUGUCUGAUCAGAAAAGUAUUGUACACAGAACCCAUUGUAUUGAAAAACUACUGUCUGAGAACAAUUUGCAAGAUAUUGAGGAUCAUCUUAAAGAACUUGAAGAUGUUGAUAUGACUGUAGAAUAUCUUCAGGGGACAGAAGUUGCCAAGGCUGUAUACAGAGUACUCAAGAGCUGCCCUUCAGGAGGGUUGAAAAAGAAAGCGAAGCAGUUAUUAUCAAGGUGGAAAGCACUUUACAAGAAUAACUGUGUUCAGUCAAUGCAAGUUAAGAAGUCCGUUUCUGUGUAUGUGAAAGAGGAAAUUGAGCAUUGCAGUGUGGCUCCUAGAGAGCAGUUGCUGUCGGAAGGACCAUGUCAGCAGGAGGCAUUAGGUAGUACUAGUUCCAACAUUUUGGUCCCAUCACAAAUUGUUAAAAAUCUGAUCUGUAACAAUGCAGAAGGCAGUAUUAAUCAGCUUUCUUCUGCUGAGGAGCAACACACUAUUAAUGAAGAUUCUAAAUCUGUUAAUAAUGAAGCAAGUCUGCAGCAGGACCCAGUGAGAGCUCUUAGGUGCAAAUGUACUGAUCUUCUAUAUAAAGCUUUGAUUAGUUCUGCCAAAGAUGAAGAAGAAACUGUUAAAUGGCUAGAAUUAUCCAAAGAAAUUGAAAACCAUGUUUUUGCUCUUCAUGCUAAAAAUGACAAAAAAUAUAAAAAUUGCAUCAGAAGUAAAAUCUCUAACCUGAAGAAUCCUAAAAAUUGCCACUUGAAACAUAACCUUUUUACAGGGACUUUGAGCCCAAAGGCUUUUGCUGAGAUGACAGUGAUGGAAAUGGCCAGCGAUGAACUGAAACAGCUCAGGGCUCUGUACACCGAAUCAUCUGUUCAGGAGCAUCAGCUUCCACAAGUUAUUAAUGGCACACAGACAAACAAAAUAAAGUGUAGGCGCUGUGAAAAAUUUGAUUGCACCGUCACUAUGAUCGCCAGAGGAACUCUCUUUCUUCCCGGUUGGGUGCGAAACACAAAUCCCGAUGAACAAAUGCUGACUUACGUUAUUUGUAAUGAAUGUGGAGAGCAGUGGUAUCACAGCAGAUGGAUUUGUUUGUAACACUAUCCCUCCUUAAUAAAUGGUUUGGAAACAUUGAUACGAGAAGGUGCCUCUGUUGAAACUUUAAACUCUGUAUUGAUACUAUGUAGAUGCUGUCACUACAAAGUGCAAAAUCAGUUUUAAAAAAUUACUAAUGUAUUUUUGAAGAUGACUUCAAUAAAUCUAUGUGGUUUUAAGUAAUGUAAAUAUGUAAGAAAAUAAAAGAGUAGAGGGAAAAAAUUGUGACAUGGUUACGCUAUAUCUGAGAAUAAAAUUAUUCACUAGGAAAUCCAUUAAAAAUA